AGGAGCGCGGGGUCCGGAGAGCCGCGCGCGACGGAGAGGGUCCCGGGCGGGUGCCUGGGGAACUCGCCCUGCCAUGGCACCACCUGUGAAAGGGAAACAGAAACAGUCAGAGGAAGGGGAUCCCCAAGACCCACCUGCGUCACCUCAACCCUGUCCUGAGCAGAGCAGGAGCCACAGCCCGGUGGGCCUGGAGGACUCCCCCGAGACAGGCGGGGAGCGGGAGGAGGAGCAGGCCUUCCUGGUCAGCCUCUACAAGUUCAUGAAGGAGCGACACACGCCCAUCGAGAGGGUGCCCCAUCUCGGCUUCAAGCAGAUUAACCUGUGGAAGAUCUACAAGGCAGUGGAGAAGCUGGGGGCCUACGAGCUGGUGACCGGCCGCCGCCUCUGGAAGAACGUGUAUGAUGAACUGGGGGGCAGCCCGGGCAGCACCAGCGCCGCCACAUGCACACGCCGCCACUACGAGAGGCUGGUGCUCCCCUACGUGAGGCAUCUGAAAGGGGAGGAGGACAAGCCGCUGCCCCCCUCCAAGCCCAGGAAGCAGUACAAGCUGGCCAAAGAGCCACGGGGGGAUGACAGGGCCCCCGAGAGGCCGAAGAAGGCCGCGGCAGCAGCCGCUGCAGUGGACCCGCAAGUGGACCAGAUGAUGCCGGGCAAGACCACCAAGGCCGAUGCCACCGACCUAGCACACUUCCCUAGCCAGCAGCCCCCCAGGGACAAUAUGCAAGAGCUGUGCCCAGCCUCGGGGCCCUCUCUGCCCAUGGUGGGUGCCAGCAGCUGCCCUGAGGCCUACCAGCGGUUCCUGUCCAGCUUCUACUGCAAGGGGACUCAUGGCAUCAUGUCACCACUGGCCAAAAAGAAGCUCCUGGCCCACGUGAGCAAGGCAGGGGCCUUGCAAUGCCAGGAGGAAGGCUGUCGGCACGGCGCAGGUGGACUGAGCGGGGUGCCCCGGGGGACCCCAGCAGCCACCCAUCUCUCAGAGAGUCCCCGGAGCCCCAGCAGGCCAGCCGAGAGCUCCGGGUCCGAGCUGAACACCCCUCAGGAGGGACCACAGACUGCAAGGGGCAGCCCCCCGGAUGAGGCUCGGGGCCUGGCGACCCCUGUCUUCACAGGCUGCUUCCAUGCCUACCCUGCCGAAGUACUGAAGCCCAUCAGCCAGCACCCCCGGGAUUUCUUCGCUAGCCUCCACAACAGGGUGCUUGAGGGGCCACCAGCCAAGGAGCCCCCGCUGACAUGGGGUGGGGAAGCUAGCCGGCCCUCAGCCUUCCACAGGAGUGGCUCCCAAAGGAGUGGCUUCUACCCAAAGCCCAAGGCCUGCUGGGUGUCCCCCAUGGCCAAGGUGCCCCCCGAGAGUUCCGUGCCUCCACCUGCUGCCCCCCACAGCAGCAGCCCCAGCCUCAGCAGCAAGCGCGCGCUGGAGGGAGAGGGCUUUGUCCAUGGCGGCAAAAAACUACGGGCCGUAUCUCCUUUCCAGAAGGAGCCAGACUCCAAAGAGGGCGGGGCCCAGGCCACGGGCCCUGGUGUGGCUGUCUCCUGCCUGCUGGGUCCUGCACCCCCAGAAGCCUACAGGGCUGCCACUGCACUGCGCUGCCCGCUCAACCUGGCCUGCGCCCCAGACCCCUUGAAGGGUCAGGUCGCCUUCCCCUUCAGCCCCUUGGUCAUCCCGGCCUUCCCGGCCCACUUCCUGACCACGACGGGUCCUGCGCCCCUGGCCACCGGCUUGAUGCACCUGCCGCCUGCAUCCUUCAACCACAGACUCAGCCCAGCCUCAGCCACCUGGUCUGUGCCACCUGGGCCAACCUACGCGGCACCUCACUUCUUCCACCUCAACACCAAGCUGUAGGUCAGAGCCCACCGUGCCACACCACAUGGCCGGAGAUGGGCAACCAAGGCCUGGUGCCCAGGGAGGCAGUGGGAAAGCCGACUGUCUCAGGGACUGGGGACCCAGUGGUUUUCAAACUUUGGGAGAGAAUGGUGGGCAGUGGGCAUCUUCCAGCCAGAGCCACCCAGAACAGGGGCUGGUGUAUAUGGGUGGAAGGGGCUGGGAGGGCCUGAGGAGCUGGGGGCAGCUCAGGCACUGGGGUCGCCUUCAGAGAGCCCAAUAAAGACACGAGUGUGUUUCCACCCUGCCUCAGUUGUAUGUCAUAUGAGGGCACGGGUGAGACUGCCAGUGCAGGAGUGUGAGAGAGAAAGGUCCUCUAGUGAACUGGGUGAUGCCAGCCCACCCAGGAGCCAAGGGGGCCUCCUGGGAUAC